UUUUUCUUUGCACUAGAAUAUAUACCUAAAAUGUUGUCUUGUGUAACAAUCCCGCUCUUGUUUUUGUUGGCUCAUAAAACCAUGUUACAAAGGACUGUAUGAAAUAUAUUUUAAAAAAUAUGUAUCAAUCAUUACAUAACAUAACAGCAUUUGUGGUUGUAAAACUGUUGGCAGAUAGGCUAAAUCCUGUUUAAAAGUACUUCCCAUUCACUAAAAAUAGCAGUGCUAUUUGAAGUCAAGCUCAAAACACCUUUAGCUUCUCAUCUCUGUGGUGUCUCCUUGAAUGAAGAUUAUGGAUUUCCCUAUGGGUACUGGAAAAAUGUCCCUUUCGGGAAGUUAUUUAGAUUAUCUUUUUGAAAACGACUCUGAUUUUUAUAACUACACUGACACCUGCUGUUCAAGUGGUGAGGUGUGCGGCACGGAGGAUGGGAUGCGUUUUGAACAGGUUUUCCUCCCGGUGUUCUACUCCCUGACGCUGGUCCUGGGCCUGCUGGGUAAUGGGCUGGUCCUAGUGGUUCUUGUCAAGAGGAGGCGGAGCUGGAGCGUGACAGACACAUUUAUCCUGCACCUUGCUGUAGCUGACACCCUACUGCUCCUCACACUGCCUCUCUGGGCAGCUCAGGCCGCUGCGGGCUGGAGUUUUGGGACGCCUCUCUGCAAGAUCACUGGAGCCAUGUUUACAAUCAACUUUUACUGUGGCAUCUUCCUGCUGGCCUGUAUCAGUCUAGACCGCUACCUGUCUGUGGUCCACGCUGUCCAGAUGUACUCGCGCAGGAAGCCCUGGAUGGUGCAGGUCAGCUGCCUGUCCGUCUGGCUCCUCUCACUGUUUCUCUCCAUCCCUGACUGGUACUUCCUGGAGCCUAUUAGGGAUACCAGACGAGAAAAAGUAGAGUGCGUCCAUAACUACCCAAUCUCCUCCCAGUCCGGGUUUGACUGGCGCCUCGCCUCUCGCCUGCUCUACCACAUAUUGGGCUUCCUCCUCCCCUCAGCAGUCCUGAUAUUCUGCUACUCAUACAUCCUUGUACGGCUGCUGCAUGGCUCCCAGGGUGCCCAGAAGCAAAGAGCUGUUCGGGUCAUUCUGGCCCUGGUGCUGGUCUUCUUCCUCUGCUGGACACCCUACAACAUCACCCUCAUGGUGGACACACUCCAUGCCAACAACACCAUUGAGGACACUUGCGAGACCCUUAAUGCCCUGGACAUCGCCAUGACAGCCACAUCGUCCCUAGGCUACCUGCACUGCAGCCUCAACCCUGUGCUUUAUGCCUUUGUGGGGGUGAAGUUCCGGCACCACCUGCUGGACAUGCUGAGGUCUCUGGGCUUCAAGCUGGUGAGAGGAGUCAGUGUGCACCGCACAAGCCGCAGGAGCUCUGCAUGGUCUGAAUCUGGUGACACCUCCCACACCUUUGCAAUCUCCUAAGAUAUUUUCUUUUUAAUCAUGUCGCUACUGAGUUGUCAUUGAGUCAAUAAGUGGCAUAUCAAUGUGUCCUUUAGUCCAUUUCAGCUCCAGGGACUGGAGGAAAUGUUUAUAAGCUUUUAGCUAAUAUCAUGCAUAUAAUUAUUGCCUAGUUUAUACUCUUUUAAAAAUGAUGUAAGUGAUAUAUGCUUUUCUAGUGAUUUACAUUUAAAUUGUACUCAUGUUACAUACGCUCUUAUUGAAAAGAAACGUACAUUUCCAUCUAUGGAUUUUCUAUCACAUUGCUAAAAAUGAAAUUAACCAAACUUUCAUAUAUAUGUCUCUUUUGAAUUACAUUGUUGAAGAAAGUUUACGUUUUCCGUCUGUGGAAUGUAUUAAGUUCUUAAAGUGAUUUAAAGGGAUAGUUUGUUCUAGAUUCAUCUUUGUGUGACAUAACACUUUCCUUGAGUUAUUCUUGAAGGCACAAGGAGUCAUUUUUCAGGUUCUUGGAGGUAAACAACACCCCUAAGUCUAAUUUGAAAGUGUUUUGGAGGCUUCCACCUGCAUUGCAGCUUUUGUUACUUGGGACACACAGUUUCAAUUCAUUCAUUUGGAUAAUAAUAAUACUAAUUCCAGACAGGGACAGAGCUGUGAAAAAAGACUCCAUGGGCCUUCAAGAACAACUCAAGGUAAGUGUUAUUUCACCCACAAUUGAGUCGAGGAUGAACUAUUCCUAUAUGCCUUCUUUUGUCAUUGUGAAAUUCCUGGAAGAUGUUUUGUUUAUUACAUGUAUGUACUAUUUUGAAAUAAAUCCACCGCCUCUUUUGCCCUGGA